AUGUAUAUCUGUCUUCCCAUCCCAGAAGUUCUCGGGGAACUCUAUGUCUCAGAUCGAGAGGGCAGUGAUGCAACUGGUGAUGGAACAAAGGAGAAACCUUUUAAAACAGGCUUAAAGGCUUUGAUGACAGCAGGAAAGGAGCCAUUUCCUACCAUUUAUGUAGAUUCACAAAAAGAAAAUGAGAGAUGGGAUGUUAUUUCCAAGUCACAGCUGAAAAACAUUAAAAAAAUAUGGAACAGAGAACGAAUGAAGAAUGAAUCCCGAGAGCAAAGAGAGGCUGAAGACAUUUUAAGAAGAGAAAAAAACCUAGAGGAAGCAAAGAAAAUUACCAUUAAACAGGAUCCAAAUCUUCCAGAGGCAAAAUGUGUAAAGAUUUGUGCUUUGGAAGCACAUCGAGGGCAACGAGUGAAGGUGUUUGGCUGGGUCCACAGGUUACGUAGGCAAGGGAAGAAUUUAAUGUUUCUUAUAUUAAGAGAUGGUACAGGAUAUCUUCAGUGUGUCUUGUCAGAUGAACUGUGUCAGUGUUACAAUGGAGUGGUCUUGUCUACAGAGAGUAGUGUGGCAGUAUAUGGAACACUCAAUCUUACACCAGAAGGCAAGCAGGCACCAGGAGGCCAUGAGCUGAGCUGUGACUAUUGGGAAUUGAUUGGCUUAGCCCCUGCUGGAGGAGCUGAUAACCUUAUAAAUGAAGAAUCUGAUGUAGAUGUCCAGCUUAAUAACAGAUACAUGAUGAUUCGAGGAGAGAACAUGUCCAAAAUCUUGAAAGCACGUUCAGUGGUCACCAGAUGCUUUAGAGAUCACUUUUUUGAUAGAGGAUAUUAUGAAGUCACUCCUCCAACAUUAGUACAAACACAGGUAGAAGGUGGUGCCACACUUUUCAAGCUUGACUAUUUUGGAGAGGAGGCAUUUUUGACCCAGUCAUCACAGUUGUAUUUGGAGACUUGUAUCCCCGCUUUAGGAGAUGUCUUUUGUAUUGCUCAGUCAUAUAGAGCAGAACAAUCCAGGACUCGAAGACAUCUAGCAGAGUACACUCACAUUGAAGCUGAGUGCCCUUUCCUGACUUUUGAUGAUCUCCUAAACCGUUUGGAAGACCUGGUUUGUGAUGUAGUAGACAGGGUCUUAAAAUCACCUGCAGCAAGCUUAUUAUAUGACCUCAAUCCGACUUUCACACCCCCCAAAAGACCUUUCAAACGAAUGAACUACUCAGAUGCCAUUGUGUGGCUAAAGGAACAUGAUGUAAAGAAGGAAGAUGGCAGCUAUUAUGAAUUUGGAGAGGAUAUCCCAGAAGCCCCUGAGAGACUGAUGACAGACACCAUUAAUGAACCAAUCUUGCUGUGUCGAUUUCCUGUAGAGAUCAAGUCCUUCUAUAUGCAGCGAUGUCCUGAGGAUUCCCGGCUUACUGAAUCUGUAGAUGUGUUGAUGCCUAAUGUUGGUGAGAUUGUGGGAGGCUCUAUGCGUAUCUGGGAUAGCGAAGAACUGCUAAAAGGAUAUAAGAGAGAGGGCUUAUGGAAUGAGGUGAAUCGGGCCAGUUCUAAUAGAAUUGUGAUGGAAAGAACCAUCUGCCCCCAGAAAAAGGAUUAUGGGGACUGA